UAUAUAUUAUUAGAAGGAGGAAAAAAAAAAAAAGUAGUAAUUGAAAAUGGAGUAAAGGAGAAGAAGUUUACCAUAAAUAGAAGCAAUUUUUACUGUUAGGGAUUUGACUUUAUUCAGGAGUGUCCGCACCAUAAAUGGAGAAACGACCAGGGAAGUUUCUGGAAAAAGACGUAACGUGACUUCCUGUUGCUUCUUUACUUUCUUUUAUCCUUUCAUUCUCCCUCACUUUCUCGUCUUUUCUCCCUCUCUCCUGAAUCUUCUAGAAUUCCCUUCAAAUCCACAGCCCCUAUUCCCUUUUCUCUCUCCACUCAUUCAAUAUCUGUGACCGUCUUCUUUUCUCUUUGUUUCUCCAAAUCCAUCAUCUUCCAUUUCCAGAAAAGUAUAUCUCUUUUUCCUUAUUCUUUUGGUUUCCGGUUUAUUGGAAACUCCGGUGAUGUCUAGGCCACCGGUGGAGCAGAGCGGCGGCGAGUCACAGAAAUCUCUUCCGACGCCGUUUCUGACGAAAACCUAUCAGCUGGUUGAGGAUCGGACAGUGGACGAUGUGAUUUCGUGGAAUGAAGACGGAUCUGCUUUCGUCGUGUGGAACACUGCCGUGUUGGCCAGAGAUUUGCUUCCUAAGUACUUCAAGCACAACAAUUUCUCCAGCUUCGUUCGACAACUUAACACCUACGGAUUUCGAAAGGUCGUACCUGAUCGAUGGGAAUUCUCCAACGACUGCUUUCGCCGAGGCGAAAAACGCCUUUUAUGCGACAUACAACGGCGGAGAAUCUCUUCGACGGCCCCGAUCUCGCCGGUAUCGUCGUCAAAUUGUGCUGACGAACGAUUGAUCUCGUCGAACUCGCCCCCGGCGACCACGACCACACCACAUGCCACCAGUAAUACUGCCGGACUGAUAGAUGAAAAUGAAAGAUUAAGGAAAGAGAACGUGGAGCUUAAUCGAGAACUUAACCGGAUGAAGACUCUUUGCAACAACAUCUUCGCUCUGAUAUCGUCAAACUAUACUAACAAUAUUUUCGGAAAUGUUUCGCAAACGGACAAACCUCUGAAUCGGUUCCCGGAGAAGCAGUUCUCCAGCGAGAUGAUGAUAGAGGAAGAAAUGACUCCUCGAUUGUUCGGUGUUGCCAUUGGGGCGAAGCGUGCGAGGGAAGGAGAGGGUGGGUUUGGUGGCAGACCCGGAUCCGGUACAGGAACUCCAACGGCCUUGGUCGGAGGUGAAAUCUGAGCCGGCAGAUUAUUGUCUGCACAAUCCGGUAGUUGUAGAGACGCGUGAUGUAGAUGAUCAGCCAGCUGUUUUUAGUGCCCGUACAAGGAGAGGCACGUGCGAAAUGAAUCACGUGGUUCGCGAAACCUUUUAGGGCAUAUUCCGUUAGGGAAAAAAAAUGGAAAUUAGGAUUUUUGGUUUUUUUUUUUUUUUUUUUAACUUCAUAACCUGAAACCUCUGUUUAGAUUCUAGAAUUGUCUUUGGAUUUUCAUAUUUACAACUCACAAACCCUUUCCCAGUUACAAGUUAAAA